GAGGCACACUCCCGCCAGACACACUCACAGUAUUAACAUUAUUGCAUGGCAAAGAAUCAGUCAGUGGAUCCCAGGAAUCCGCACAUGACGGACCCCCAUUCCCACCCGCAGGAGUCACAGUCCCUUUAGGAAAAGCAAAAGAGUCUUUAAAACCCUUUUUCAGUUGGUUUCUCUCCAUUUCCUGGAACCUCCUGCGGUUAUGAUAAAGCUCUCUCCAGGGCUCUAUAACUGCCAGAACCCCGGUAAUGUUACUUUCAAUGUCCUCCAAGUCUUUGUUUAAAUAAGCAAUUUUUUGAAUUGCUUUUGCUCUCUGUGCCCCCCUAAGGGCCCCCAGUCCAGCCACCAUAUUGUCUAUACUCCCCUCCAAAAUGUUCCUUUUCUCCUCCAGAAUACUGAUGUCUCUCAGAGCCCUGAUGAUCUGGGUCUGAUUGGGCCCAGCUGAGCCCACAGUCUCUGGCUUCCCAGCGCCAUUGCUAGCAGCUGUCUCUCCCCCAUCACACAGGUGCAUUGCUCCUACCUGGGCCAUUGCAGCAGUCUCAGAGCUCUCUCUCAGCGCCUCCUCAGCCACUUCCAUAGCCACACAGCCUGCGGCCUCAGCACUUUCCAUGGCUGCCUCGCAGCCUGCAGCACUUCCUUCCUGGGUCCCAGCAUGCCUUGCAGCAGCUUCCUGGCUUGCCUCUGAACUGCAGCUCCCAGCAACAGAACUGCCGUUUUCCGCAGCAGAACUGCAACUCUCUGCAGUAACCUCGGCUUGGUCGUCCAGGGUGUUCGCUCGCUCAGGGACCUCCAUUACAGAUGGAACGCCGCACGUGCCGCGCUGGUUAAAAACAUAUGGCUAUUUGCUUCCGUACGACAUCAGAAUAUCCGCCUUACAAUCAGGGAAAGCUAUGCAGUCGGCCGUCUCAGCAAUGCAGCAGUUCUACGGGAUUCCGGUGACCGGAGAGCUGGACCAAAUGACCAUUGAGUGGAUGAAGAAGCCUCGCUGUGGAGUACCUGACCAUCCUCAUUUAAGCCAUAGAAGAAGGAAUAAGAGAUAUGCACUAACAGGACAGAAGUGGAGGCAAAAGCACAUUACAUACAGCAUACACAACUACACCCCUAAAGUAGGAGAGCUGGACACCAGGAAAGCCAUCCGCCAGGCGUUCGACGUGUGGCAGAAGGUGACUCCUCUAACAUUUGAAGAAAUCCCCUACUCAGAGAUCAAAAAUGAAAGGAAAGAGGCGGACAUCAUGAUAUUUUUUGCUUCUGGUUUCCACGGAGACAGUUCCCCGUUUGAUGGAGAAGGCGGAUUCCUGGCGCACGCUUACUUUCCCGGCCCGGGUAUAGGGGGAGAUACGCAUUUCGACUCUGAUGAACCUUGGACUCUUGGGAACUCCAAUCACGAUGGAAAUGAUCUGUUUCUAGUUGCAGUCCAUGAGCUUGGCCAUGCCUUAGGGUUGGAACAUUCAAAUGACCCCAGUGCAAUCAUGGCUCCUUUCUACCAGUACAUGGAAACUCAUAAUUUCAAGCUUCCCCAGGAUGACUUACAAGGAAUCCAGAAAAUCUAUGGCCCCCCUGCAGAAACCAUGGAGCCGACCAGACCUCUCCCCACUCUCCCACCACGACGGAUCCAUUCCACCUCUGAAAGGAAACAUGAAAGGCAGCCAAGGCCACCACGACCGCCACUCGGAGACAAGCCACCCAGUACAGGCUCCAGGCCAAAUAUAUGCGAUGGAAAUUUUAAUACCGUGGCUCUCUUUAGAGGAGAAAUGUUUGUUUUUAAGGAUCGUUGGUUUUGGCGCCUUCGUAACAACAAGGUACAGGAAGGUUACCCGAUGCAGAUUGAACAGUUCUGGAAAGGACUUCCACCUAAGAUUGACGCAGCUUACGAGCGGUCGGACGGCAAGUUUGUUUUUUUCAAAGGAGACAAGUACUGGGUGUUUAAGGAGGUCACCGCCGAGCCAGGUUACCCCCACAGCCUAGUGGAGCUGGGAAGCUGCCUCCCGAGGGAAGGUAUCGACACGGCCUUGCGCUGGGAGACCUUUAGCAAAACCUAUUUCUUCAAGGGAGACCGAUACUGGAGAUACAACGAAGAGAAAAGAGCAGCAGAUCCGGGGUACCCCAAGCCAAUUACAAUAUGGAAAGGAAUUCCUGAAUCACCUCAAGGGGCUUUUGUGAGCAAAGAAGGAUCAUACACAUAUUUCUAUAAAGGGAGAGAGUAUUGGAAAUUCGAUAACCAAAGGCUAACCGUGGAGCCGGGCUACCCCCGAUCAAUUGUUAAAGACUGGAUGGGCUGUAACCAAAAAGAAGUCGACAACAGCAAAGACCGCCAACUGCCUCACGACGACGUGGAUAUUAUGGUCACCAUCAACGACGUUCCCAGUACUGUAAACGCUAUAGCCGUGGUCAUCCCAUGUAUAUUGUCCCUGUGUAUCCUCGUCUUGGUAUAUACUAUAUUCCAAUUUAAGAACAAAGGGGUCCAACAGAACGUAACCUAUUAUAAACGCCCGGUGCAGGAGUGGGUAUGACAACGACCCGGAACGUUUUUUUGAAUUCUUUUUAGUUUUAAUGAGGGCUAACAGGAUGCUGGGAUCAGAAGUCCAUCGGUCAGACUCUACCGCAGAUCAGUCAUCAACGCAACGAUCCCAGUGUUACCAGUAAGGAGGGACACCGCACAAUACGGAGGUGGCCUUAAACAGUGGAACUUCUUCCAUUCUUACUGCCUCAUACCUUUUUCUAGUGUGCCAUUUUUAAGGAUCACGUUGUGAGUGGGAGAUUCCAGGGCUGGGAUUUCUUCGCUGAACUGGAAGGAAUUAUCAGGCCCGAGAACACAUCUCCAAACCAGCUUUCUCCACCGACGUUAGAUAUUUCCUACUGAACUUGUUUUUACGGACUCGGGCGGAGGAACGAGACUCGACGCGUUUCUCCGCCAGCGCUCAGAGCGAUCACUGCAAUAGAUCUGAGCAAGGAACAAUGAGGCGCGGGUCCUUUUUACCCUGAGAUAAGGCACAAAGACUGGCGCAUCAGGGAACCAGAUGUUUUUAAAUGCACAAAAAUAAAAAAGAAACUCCGAUUUUUUUUUGUUUUUGUUUUGUUCAAUCCCUGCUGGUCAGAAUUAUUACAUACAACGGUUGUUAAAUCUAGAUUAUUGAAUUGGGAAUGAACUGCUUGCCUAAAGAAAUUGUCAUGAGAGUCACCAAACGAUGUCUGUCUUUCGGGGGGGGUUUCCGUCUCUUGAGAUCAGAGAAUAGAGAAAUUUAAAAAAAAAAAA